AUGCGGCUCUGGGACGCUGCUACAGGAGACCCGCUGCUAACGUUCGAGGGCCACUCAGACUCGGUCCAUUCAGUAGCCUUCUCUCUUGAUAGUAAGCAGAUCGUGUCUGGAUCUGAUGAUAAGACCAUACGGCUCUGGGACGCUGCUACAGGAGCUAUGCUACAGACGUUUGGGGGCUACCUAGACUGGGCCGUUUAUACAGUAGCCUUUUCCCCCGAUGGCAAGCAGGUCGUGUCUGGAUCUGAUAAUAAGAUAGUACGGCUCUGGGACGCUGCUACAGGAGCCUUGCUACAAACGCUCGAGGGCCAUUCGGACUCGGUCCGUUCAGUAGCCUUCUCUCCUGAUGGCAAGCAGGUCAUAUCUGGAUCCGAUGAUAAGACUAUACGGCUCUGGGACGCUGCUACAGGAGCCCCGCUGCUAACGUUCGAGGGCCACUCUUACUCGGUCCCUUCAGUAGCCUUCUCUCCUAACGGUAAGCAGAUCGUGUCUGGAUCUGGUGACAGGACCGUACGGCUCUGGGACGCUGCUACAGGAGCCCCGCUGCAGAUACUCGAGGGCCACUCGAGCUUGCCCACUUCAGUAGCCUUCUCUCCCGACGGCAAGCAGGUCGUGUCUGGAUCUUAUGACAGGACAGUGCGCCUCUGGGACGCUGCUAUAAAAGCCCCGCUGCAGACACUCGAGGGCCAUUUGGGCUGGGUCGUCCGUUCAGUAGCCUUCUCUCCCAAUGGCAAGCAGGUUGUGUCUGGAUCUGAUGACGAGACAAUAGUGCGGCUCUGGGACGCGGCUACUGGCGCCCUGCAGCAGACGCUCGAGGGCCACUCGUCACAUGUCACUUCCGUGGCCUUUUCUCCCGACGGUAAGCUGUUACCACAUUUACACGUAAAUAAUCAUUGGCUAGCAGAAGGCAAUACUAAUCUCCUCUGGCUACCUAUUGAUUAUCGACCUACUUGUGAAGCGGAGUGGGGUAGGGCAGUUAUCUUAGGACAUGCGUCGGGAAGAAUUUCAUUUCUAUACAUUGAAAAAGGGUCUAAAUUCGUUUAG